AUGUCUUCCUUUUUCCCGCCCGGGUUCGGCACGGCUGCCGCCACUGGCUGCGGCGUCGCCAAGCAACCCCGCCUCCAAAUCUUCUGCAGCACUGUGCUGUCGGCGAAGGAGCUUGUCGCACACUUGUACCAGGCUGUCAAUCUCGCCAUCGGCGCGAGUGCCAUCGCCGUCCCACUGCUCUUCUUCAUCGCGUACACCUUUUUCAAGCCCAAGGACGCCGGGGGCCAGUCAACAAAGCCGAAACAAAAGUCCGAGUCCCCAACAAGAACCCCGAGCAAGGGCAGUGUAUCAGAAGUCAUGGUCGUCGCCGACCGCAGCAGCACAAACGUGUCCCUCCGCCAGACGCGCUCGUUCCGCGUCGUGUCCAACCUGCUCGGCAACGACGAGACCAUUGACAUUACCAACGGAAACGCCGACCUCGUCGUGUUUCCGCUCCAGAUGUCGCCAUCGCACGAUGUAGAGACACUGUCGGACAUCAACGUGCGGGGAUCGCCGUCCCGAACAUCCCGAUCGUCGCUCGCCCCACUCCGCAAUGAUUCACGUGUAUCACUCGCCGCGUCCAUCACGUCCGGGACGACAAAGGCCCCACAGAUGCUUCUCGGCGGCAUCGACAUUGACACGAUUGCCGCCGAAGACUUGGCCACAGAUACUGUCAGCCUGACGAUUGCUGGACUCGUCGAAAGAUACCUCGAGCUCGACCUGACUGGCUUUGCGCUCCGAUGCUCUCCGACGACCAAAUCGGACAAGGCCGACACGCUACUUCAAGCACUCGAUGACCGCGGCAUCUCUGUCAUUCUCCUCAUCCACCACGAUGCCGACAUUCUCGACACAAUCACCCUCGGCUUUGCGUCCGGUCUCAUCAUUGAGAACGCAUGCAUCCUCCCCAAUGGCCACCGCCGCGGCUACUUUCAGAGCAAGAAGCUCCGCAGGGUCAUGACGCGCUGCGCGCGCACCCGUGAAGCCCACCCAGAGUUCUUUGUCGGCUACCUCGACCAAUGGCUCCAUCCCCCGCACCCCUCGGUCGUCAAGCGCGCCGUCGCCAUCGCAGAGCACUUUGGCGCCGUGUUCGAGCACGGCCCCUUUGACGGCAUGCCCGGCCAGCGCAAAUCCCGCAAGCCCACCGCCGCAUCCCGCACCAUCGGAGGCUUCGAGUACCUUCGCCGCGCGGAAAUCAUCGACCUCCAGCGCUCGUGGAUGGCCGUCGAGGGCACCGUCGACUUUGGCGACGGCGCCUUUGACGACGUCAAGGCGCUCAACCUGGAUGACAUUGAAGAGGUCGUCCCCGGCGCCGCAGUGUGCUUCGAGCCGCAGCCGCUCCCCCCGCUCCUCUCCCGCUGGCAGACCGAGAUCGCGCCCGUCGUCGAGCCCCCGGCUUACCUCUCCAUGUUCCCUGCGUCGUGGACCGACUUUUGGAAUGCCGACCAGGACGGCAACCUCCUCUCGCCGUACGGAUGCUUCCCGAUCGGAUGCGAGCCGCUGAUCCAGCACUACGACGCGAUCGUCGAGUCACAGGCGCACUUGCUGCAGCUCUCCAUGCUCGAGCCCGUCACGGGUGCCGAGGAGCAGAACGUGCUCAUUGCCCUCCGCCAGCUCGCCCAGGACCGCGCCUGUGAUGUCCGCGUGCACGACCUCAUCGCCGGCCUGGGCUCGCGCCGCAUCCUCGCCUUCAAGGGCCUGCACUCGGGCUUCCGCACCCCCGACGGCAACGCGCAGUUCUGGGGUGUCUGCCGCGUGCGUCACGACUCUGACCCAGACGGCGUCGACAUCUUCAUCUCACGCCAAAGCCCCAACGACGCGGCAGUCAUCCUGCACACCUUUCUCGCGCACUCUGGCAUCCCGCGCGCCGAGCGGUUCGAGCACGAGGUCGUGCUGGACGCCGUCUCGACGACCGCACAGCACCACUCCGGUCUUCCGCCAACGAUUCGCGUCGCGCUUGAGGAGGCCUCGCCAGCCGAGCUGCUCCUCAUGCUCCAGAAGAUUGGCCUCUCGCGCAACAAGCACUUUUUGGUGCAGAGCAUCCGCGCCUACGUCCACCGCCUGCUGACUCACGACACGACGCACAACAACUGGACCCACCUCGCUGCCCGCAAGGCGCUCGAUCGCUCGCUGACUGUUGGCCACCUCCUCGCCCUUCGACUCCAGCACCUUGCUCGCCAGGGAGCCACCGAGCUGCCCUCCCUCGACAACCUGCUCUACCUCCACGACCUCGUCGAGGAUAUCGUCCUCGAUGCCCUCUUCUACGGCAACCACAAGGUCAUGAGCAAGCUGACCCGCUCCCUUCUGUCAUGCUACGGUCGCGAGCCGAGCAGCACGCCGGUCGAUGUCGCGGCGGACCUCUUCGCCGUCAUCUUCUUCACCGUCCUCCGCCGCGCCGCCUUUGAAGACGUCUACCUCGAGACCACUGACCGCUGUCCGCUCUUCCUCUCGCAGCCCGACCAGGCCGCUGUCUUCUCCGAGCUCUGGACCCUCGGCUCGCAGUGCGAAAACUACUUUGGCCUUGUUCCCCGCGACAUUGGCGACAUUAUCUACCACCGCUACAACAAGGAGCUCGACGACCUCGGAGCUCCCAUGGCCUCGGAGCGCGUCGACAACGAGAUCAUGACCUUGUACGCGUCGACUGACACUGUGCCCGAUGAGCGUGGCGACGCCAUCAUGCUCGCCAUGGCCGCCUCGUCGUCGGUCAAGCUCACCUGGCGCGAGUGGAUGCAGGUGUGGAGGAUCCGGUUCGCUUCGGCAUCGGCCAUGUCCAUCUUCUGUAUGCCCGCUGUCCUCGACGUCCUCUUGCUCACGUUUACUGGUCGCGGACUGUUCAUGACGGCGUUCAUGAACCCGAAGCAUGUCCAGGUCGCGACCUAUGCCCUACUCGUGUCCCUCCUGCUCACUGCCGGUGUCACGGGCUGGGUCGGCUCGGCCGCGAGCCACUACCUCCCCCACUAUGCCUACGACAACAUGAUCUACUUCCACGUUCAGAGACUCUCGGGCGGGUUCGUCAUCGCGGUCCUCAUCUCCAUCGGCGGUACCAUUGCGUUCGGCGUCACAGUCUCCCCGGCGGCCGGCUUCAUCUUUGCUGCCUACCUCAUCGGCGUGUCGACCUACCUCAACGUCCUCGGUGUCAUGAGCACAAUGCACCAGCACGGCAGCCCUCUCCCCUCGGGCCGCAACGCCUUCCUAUCGUGCUUCCUCCUCCUUCUCCUCAACCCCCUCAUCUCGUCCUUUGUCAACGGGCACGACCUGGCCAUCUACCUGACCACGACGUACGUGUUCCUCGGGCUCGUGCUCUUCCGCUACCGCCGCCUGUGCCAUGCGUGGUCAACAUGGAUGGACAACAUUCCACCUUUGAAGGCUGCCCAGAUUGCCGAGUGGAACACGGCCAAGCAGUCGGAGAAGUCCAACCUUGGCAUCGAGGCCGACGAGAAGCGCGGCCUCCUUGGAAAGGAUGACGCGCCCGAUGCCCCGACAGCGUUCCGCACUGCCCUCGCAGCCUACGUCCGUGUGCACGCUCACCGCUCGGGCAAGCCUGCCGACCCGCUACUCGACAAGGCAGCCCGUGCCAUGCCCUACAUUGACUGGCUCUUCAAGCAGGGGGGCAGCAAGGACAUGCCCGAGCAGUUUACAACGGCGUGGUUCACCAAGCUCGGCGAGGCGGUUUCCGGUCAGCGCUCCCUCUCGCGUGGUCUCAAGGACCACAACGUGCUCACCCUCUUCCGUCUGGCUCGUUGGGACAUUGGCCAGAACCUCGGCCUGUUCCUCGUCGCGCUUCUUGACCGCUGGAUCAUGCUCGCCAUGGGUGCUCGCAAGCCCUACCCCUCCAUCUACACCGACCAGCGUGCGCGCUACGGCUUCUGCUUCUGCAUCAUCUACUUCUGUCUUGGCUCCCUUAUCCUCGACGUCACCCUGUUCAAGUACUGGUCGGUCCGCGACACGCUCUCCGAGGACAAGCUCGCCAACCUCGAGCAUGCCAAGCAGGUGGCUGCCGAGACGGAGCGGAAGCGCAAAGCAGCCAACGUCAAGGCGCUCGUCGACGUCUUCGCCAAGUGCGGCGUCAUCUUUGGCGUCAUGACCGUCCUCAUGUGGGUGUUUGUCUCGUCGCACAAGACAACCAUAAUGUACUACUCGUACUCGUUUGGCUACUCGUGCUGCCUGCUCUUCCAGUUCAACCGCUGCUUCACGACCAACACGGCGGCGCACGUCAAAAUCAUCCUCUAUUCGGCUGCUGUUGGCUUUGUCAUUGGCUGCGUGCUGCAUGCCCUCCCUUGGACCGCAGACUUCCUGUACAACGACCUGAUUGCGCAGAACAUUGCCGCGGGCUCGGCGGCCAUCGGCACCACACUCUUCACGUUCAAGGACUGGUCGUCCUCGUCGUCCCCACUUGCCGCGACUGCCGCCGCGUCCCCUGCGCCGACGGAUGACGACCCCGCCGUCUACGUUCAACCCAAGCUCAUGUCGGGCGACAGCACCGGCGCGGGCACUGCGCUUCUCCGUCGCCGCGACCUUCCCAAGCCGUUCACCAUCGCGACGGUAUGGAAUGCAGACAACACACACACCUCGACGGCUGUGGCACAGCUCCUCCAUGCCACCCUCACGGACCCCGAGGCGCCUCUCGCUCCGUCUACUGCCCAAAUCAUUCAGACCAGCCUGGAUAUGUGGACGACGGGUCGCCUCGUCGCUGCCGUGCUUGGCCGCGAGCACUUUGCCCAGGCCGGUCUCCCUGAGCUCAACUCGCUCAGCUUCAACGACGGCUUUGCGCUGCACGUUGCGCUCAACUUCUCGGCGGCUCCCGUUACGACGCUGAGCCAGCGUAGUUUGGACCCCAGCCCUGCCCUCCCGCACCUCAUCGCCGAGGCUCUCAUCUUCCACGUUGCGCAUGUUCAGUUCGGCAUGACCCACACCGAGGCCAUGUACCUCGAGCACAAGCUGCGUGGUAACCAUGUCAUCAGCAAACGGCUCGAGGCCGAGCUGGCCUUGUCAGACAACACGACCGCUGGCCUCCUUUGCCGCCGCACGUGGAUGGAGCUCAUGCACCAGCUGUGUCUCGGCGUCGACGUCGACACGCAGUGGCACAAGCUUCCCCCGGCUACCCGUGAGGCCAUCAUUGCACGCAUUGGCGGUAAGCCCGUGCGGCUGUCCGAGGAGUUCUCAGCCUGGGCGACCGACACGCGCGUCGACAUUGCCACGUCCGACUUCCACGUUCAGCUCGCCCUCGAGCUGCACUCGCGCAGCACUGAGCGUCGCAACCACGUCAUUGUGUACCCCCCCGAGGGCAUCACUGCGGAGCCCACACCGUUCACCGCGCAGCUCAAGCCCGUUCCUAUCCCACGUGGUCGCCAGCGUCGUACAGUGUUCCAGUCGAUCCUCUACUCAGUCACCAAGGUGCCAUUUGUGGUUGUCAAGUGGAUUGCCAUUCUCUCUGGCGGUGGCUCCAACAUUGAGCGAGAGCUCGUGUACCUCCUCGAGAAUGUCUGGGGCCGCAGUGUCAUCCUCGGCUUCACCAUGAUCGUGUGGAAGAUCUGCUCCAAGAUCAAAGACUUUUGGGUCUUCUGGAUUCUCAUCUACCACCGGCCUGCUGUGGUGCAGAUCACGCGUCUAGCAUCAAAGGGUGCCCGUCGCAAGACUCACAAGGACCGCAUCGUCGUCGAGCUGACCCGCUCGGCUAUCACCGGCUUUGCCUCGGUCAGCGACACGGACACACUGUCGCUGCACGUGUACAAUGGAACCCUCACGGUGGAGCCCGAUGUCGGCGCCCCGCUGUUCGUGGCCACGUACGACUCGGUGUCUCGCCUCACGAGCCGCGUCGACAAGGAUGGCCGCACCUCGACGUUCCAGUAUGAGGGCAACUCGUCCCGCCGUCCCGUCAGCCGCGAAGUGGAGCACAACGGUGCCAAGAGUUUCGGCGUCUACGACAAGCGCGGCCGUGUCGUCAAGGGAUCCAUCACUGUCGGCGGCACCAAGCUCGGCUUCCAGUUCCACUACAAGAAAUCCAAGAGUGAUGCGUCGCUCCUGCGCGCCGACUAUGCUCUCAUCGGCAGCAACGAUUCGCUCUCCGUCUUCUGGGGCAAGCCCGUCGACGUGGACGAGUACACCUGGGUUGCGUCCAAGAACAUUGGCCUCAUCGUCCGCCGCAUCGGUGCCAAGACGUACACGACGACGUAUGACUGGUCGCACCGCCGCGACCCGGUCAUCACGACGCGCGUGGAUGACGACCAGGGCAAGCUCACUGCUGUUGCCACUGCGCCGCCUCUGUGCGAAAACGAAGAGUUUUUGCUCAAGCUCCCUGUCGACCCUUCGUUUGACUCGGACGACCUCCUCAUCUACCACUCGCCUCGGCACAUUAGCCAGAUGCGCCGCUACGCCUCGGGCAAGACUUCGGUCCUUUCCCGCCUCAGCCCCUCCGGCUGGCUCACGCGCUCCAAGCACUACACCCAUGUCCCCACCUGGCGUAUCCGCACCGAGCUCUGGUCCAAGUGGCUCAAGACGGACGGCAUCGACGCCGUCACGGCGUGUACUGUCGACGAGCAUGUGCUCCGCCAGGAACCACUCCUCAAGGAGUACUGGUGCGCGCGUGACCGUGGCCAGCUCGGGAAGGCGCGUACCGCCCUCGACUCGAACAUCUCGCAGAUCGUUGCCGCCAUUGACAUUGACACCGACGUCUCGGAGAGGACGCUGCUUGCGAUCCGAACUUCCGACCUCUACGCCAUCGGUCUCGGCAAGGAUGCACCACCAAUGACGACCCGUCCUCAGGACUGUUACAACGACACUCCAGACCGCAUCUCGGUCAUCUUCAACGACGUCGGCUGCUGGCCCAUUGCUCCCGGAGGCGUGUCUAACUGCCGUCGUGACCUUGUCAACGGUCACUCGACCAUCCGCAACCAUGUGUUGGCCGAGUGUGCCAACGACUACGGUAACCCGCGCUUCCAGAUUGAGAAGAACGUUCAGAGUCUCAAGCUUCUCCCUCUCUGGGGCCUGGACGGCGGUACUGCCAACCAUGGUCUGAUUGACAACCUCCUCGAGUCUCAGGUGGACGAGAAGGUCGACGACACUGACAUUGACCGCGACAUUGUCGGCGUCUUCAUCCCGCUCCUGCAGCAGUUCGUCAAGGGCUGUCGAACCAAGCGCUACUCGUAUGCCGACAUUGUACACCUCUCCAACGUCUUCCUCUCCAUGGCCAAGUACUACCAGCACAAGGACUACACUCGCACGUGGCGCUCGGUCGAGGUCGAGGAGGCUUGGGUGGCUGCGUGGCUCGAGCCGUACGAUGGCGACAGCAACAUUGUGUCGCCGGCCGACUGCUUUGACAUCUCCAGGCCAAGCAUGUUCGACCUCAAGCAGGCGCUCAACAUUUACCUGGCCUACUUCUUCAUCUUUGCCGUUGGUGUGCCGGACCGUUGCCCCCGCGUGUUCCAGUCGACGCACCACGGCAUCUCGAGUCUGUUCGGCAUGGUCCUCAAGUACCGCCGUGGCGUGACGUUUGGUAUCUGGGACCACGCCAUUCUCUGGCGCGAGUGCUGCCUCAACUUCUCGGUCGCGCAAUGCGAACUGCCUGUGGCAGUCCAGUCGAUGCUGCUGGCCGGCAUCGGCGUCGCUACGCGCCUGGCCUACACCCACGCCGAUGUCAUCCUCCCCUGUGCCAGUCUCUUCAACCCCAUGUGGGAGGUCGAGCUUGGCACUGACGGCGCUCGUGUCUACUCGCGCAGCCAGUUCCGUCGCAAGAUCGACCCCAUCGUCAACGGUAUCAGCGACAUGGACGGCUACAAGCCCGUCGACAAGAUCCGCACCGAGAAGCCGACCGUCGUCAUGCUCUCCAACGUCCAGUUCAUCAAGGGCGUCAAGGCGGCCAUCCAGUCGGCCGACAUUAUCGUCAACCGCUUCGGCUUCACCGACUACAAGCUCGUCGUGUACGGCGCCAAGGACCGACAGCCGGCGUACGCACUCGAGAUGGAGAAGCUCAUCGUCGAGCGCAACCUGUCCAACCAUGUGGUGCUGGCCGGCUUUGGCAACUCGAAGGAGGUGCUCAAGGACGCAUGGCUGUUUAUGAACUCGUCCAUCUCCGAGGGUCUCCCGCUCGCCAUCGGCGAGGCGGCCCUUGCUGGCGUUCCUAUCGUGGCCACCGAGGUCGGAGCGACCGCGCUCGUGCUCACGGACGCCGAGGACGCGACUCAGCGCUACGGAGAAGUCGUCCCGCCCAACGAUCCCGUCGGCCUCGCUCGUGCCCAGAUCAGCAUCCUCGCCAUGGUCGGCCCGUGGGCCAAGUUUACCGAGCAAAAGGUCGAGACGGCGCUCCCCGAGGACAUUACGGCCGACGACGUCCAGUGGCUCACCGAGCGCUUCUACAAGCACUCGGAGGACCGCCGCAAGCUCGGUCUGCUCAGUCGCAAGGUCGUGCUCCACUCGUUCCACGGCUCGCGGUACAUUCGCGAACACGAGCAAAUGUACUGGAUCCAGUGGCAUCUGGCGCGUAUGCGUGCCGACCCGGCCCUCAAGGCGCUCCCCUUCAAGUUUGGCGCGCCCGAGCCGCUCAGCUAUAUCGAUGUGGACGGGGAGUGAGCCUCGGCGUGGACGUGGACGUUGGGUGGAGGGGCCAUGCUCGACUGUGGAGGCCCUCGCGUUGGUAUAUAAUCUCGCGUCUUGGACAAACACUCUUACGACUCUUUGCUGACCGCUGCUCUAGGCGGCCGGCAGUCUUGAUGGAACCUUUAUGGGCUAUGUAUAGACGGACAGUGAUGCAUUGGACAAUCAUGG